CCGGCGUGCCCUGGGAGCGGGAGCGGGGCGGCGGGACAGGGGCCGGGGGGAGCGGGGCGAACCCCUCGUGCUCCCGCGGGGUCCCUGGAUGUCCCACGGGGCUCGUGAGGGCCGGGCCGGGGGCUCUGGGGGAGCUCGGCGGAGCUUCUCUGCCUGAGCCUCUCUGCGGUGACGGCGCUCGAAGCCCCUCAUCUGUUUCUGCCUCUGCACUCCGGGAGAGUUGGCACUCGGCAGGGAAGCAAUGUUGUAAGAAUGUCAUCAGGCAUCCAAAUGAAAACAAAGACUGCAGCACAGAAAAGCAAACCAUGUUCACAGCCAAAGCCUAGUGACAAGCUGAAUCCUAAAACUAUUGAUCCAUUUCGUGCUUAUUCUCAACCACCAUCUGCAUUUGCUGCUACAUAUGCUAGAGGUGGCAUUCCGUGCAGGUUAGUGCAUGGAUCGGUAAAGCACAAACUGCAGUGGGAAUGCCCUCCUGAAACUGUUUCCUUUGAUCCUCUUCUUUUAACAUUGGCAGAGGAGGGUUUUAAAGAAUUACUUCUGGUUGAAGGUGCUGCUGAAAAAGCUAUUCCCCUGUUGCCUCGUCUAGUUCCAGUCUUAAAGGCUGCAUUGGCCCAUGUGGAUGAUGAAGUAUUUGAAAGGGCAUUGGAUGCUUUAGUGCAAUUGAGUGGGGUUGUUGGCCCAUCUCUUAAUGAUCAUCUUAAACUUCUACUCACAAAUCUUUUAAAGAGAUCAAUGGACAAGAAAUAUAGAGAAAAAGUUACUGUUGCUUUACAAAAGUUGGAGCACUAUGGUGGAAAGGCAACUGUGGCUAUCAUCAAAUCUAAAAUUCCAACCUAUUGUUCUAUCUACUCUUGAACAAGGAACGUAGUGAUUUGUACUGUAAGGUGAAGUUUGGAAAGAAACUGUCUGUAAAUAUCACUGACCUUAUUUGGGGUAUGAUAUAUUCUCUUAAAAUAAUAAUAAUUCUUCAGUAUGAUGGAGAGCAGGAGUCUUACCAGUUUGUGAAUAUUUAAUUACAGAAGACUUCUCUUUGUAUAUUUGUAUAUGCAUUAGGCUUAACAUGACACCAAUUAAUGUGAUAUUAUUUCAAAAACAGAAUAAGUAUUGAUUCUUAUUUAGUUUUAAAUUACGAUUUCAUUUAUUAUACCUGCAGUGGUUAAUAUGUUUUGUAUAUUUGUGUGAUGCAAAAUAAUUUGGUUGUAAUUACUUAAAUAAAAUCUAACCUGGUGCUAAAUUGCAUAUGUAUAUCUGCUUUUGAAAUUUAUAAUUUAUUUUGUGACAUGGCACGGAUGGAUGCAUUUAGGUUCAUCAGGACUAGGUUAGACAUAGAACUGUGAGCCGUCACAGAAUUCUUCAGAGUCAGCUUUUAAAGGUGUGAAGCUGAACCCAGUAAACAGGCAGCAUAUGUUCCAAAGCUGAACUUGCUCUGUGCAUUCUUAGCAUUUGUGAGAACCUGGAGAGGCUCUGGAGAAUACAGUGCAGAGGCAUCAGGCUGUCCCACAGAGCCACAGCUGAGGUUUUGCUCAGCUAAUUAGUUCGUGUUAAUUCUGAGCCUACUGAAUGGGAGCUGGAUGGAGGAGGCAACUUCCUACACUGUGCUCCCUUUGCAUUGAGUUCAGUAACGUUACAGACAUGAUUGGGAUUUUCUUGUGAAUUCAGUUCCAGACAAGUUAAUAAACUUCUAAACAUGGAAGAUAUAAAAAAAUAUAAGUUAAAGACAAAAAAAAGAGUGUACAAGCCAGUUUACCUGGCUGUCAAGCUUUGUAGGGUACAGCAUUUGUCCAUUAAUGUAUUUGAAUUUGAUUGCAAAAUAAUUCCUAAUUGGUUCUUGUAAUAAAUACUAUUCAGGGACAUGUAGUAUCUGAGUACACUGUGAGGGAGAGUUAACUGAAGUAACAAAAUUUGCGCAGAAUAUUUUCCCCUGAGGAAUAUUCAAUUCUGGCAUUUAAAGUUUUUGGAAAGGAUGUUUUUUGUCAAUAAGAAGAUGC